CCCCCCCCCCCCCCCCCCCCCCCCCCCCCCCCCCCCCCCCCCCCCCCCCCCCCCCCCCCCCCCCCCCCCCCCCCCACCCCCCCACCCCCCCCCCCCCCACCCCCCCCCCCCCCCCCCCCCCCCCCCCCCCCCCCCCCCCCCCCCCCCCCCCCCCCCCCCCCCCCCCCCCCACCCCCAAAAUAUAAAAAAAAAAAUACCCCCCCCCCCCCCCCCCCCCCCCCCCCCAAAAAACCCCCCCCCCCCCCCCCCCCCCCCCCCCCCCCCCCCCCCCCCCCCCCCCCCCCCCCCCCCCCCCCCCCCCCCCCCCCCCCCCCCCCCCCCCCCCCCCCCCCCCCCCCCCCCCCCCCCCCCCCCCCCCCCCCCCCCCCCCCCCCCCCCCCCCCCCCCCCCCCCCCCCCCCCCCCCCCCCAAAACCCCCCCCCCCCCCCCCCCCCCCCCCCCCCCCCCCCCCCCCCCCCCCCCCCCCCCCCCCCCCCCCCCCCCCCCCCCCCCCCCCCCCCCCCCCCCCCCCCCCCCCCCCCCCCCCCCCCCCCCCCCCCCCCCCCCCCCCCCCCCCCCCCCCCCCCCCCCCCCCCCCCCCCCCCCCCCCCCCCCCCCCCCCCCCCCCCCCCCCCCCCCCCCCCCCCCCCCCCCCCCCCCCAACCCCCCCCCCCCCCCCCCCCCCCCCCCCCCCCCCCCCCCCCCCCCCCCCCCCCCCCCCCCCCCCCCCCCCCCCCCCCCCCCCCCCCCCCCCCCCCCCCCCCCCCCCCCCCCCCCCCCCCCCCCCCCCCCCCCCCCCCCCCCCCCCCCCCCCCCCCCCCCCCCCCCCCCCCCCCCCCCCCCCCCCCCCCCCCCCCCCCCCCCCCCCCCCCCCCCCCCCCCCCCCCCCCCCCCCCCCCCCCCCCCCCCCCCCCCCCCCCCCCCCCCCCCACCCCCCCCCCCCACCCCCCCCCCCCCCCCCCCCCCCCCCCCCCCCCCCCCCCCCCCCCCCCCCCCCCCCCCCCCCCCCCCCCAACCCCCCCCCCCCAACCCCCCCCCCCCCCCCCCCCCCCCCCCCCCCCCCCACCCCCCCCCCCCCCCCCCCCCCCCCCCCCCCCCCCCCCCCCCCCCCCCCCCCCCCCCCCCCCCCCCCCCCCCCCCCCCCCCCCCCCCCCCCCCCCCCCCCCCCCCCCCCCCCCCCCCCCCCCCCCCCCCCCCCCCCCCCCCCCCCCCCCCCCACCCCCACCCCCCCCCCCCCCCCAACCCCCCCCCCCACCCCCCCCCCCCCCCCCCCCCCCCCCCCCCCCCCCCCCCCCCCCCCCCCCCCCCCCCCCCCCCCCCCCCCCCCCCCCCCCCCCCCCCCCCCCCCCCCCCCCCCCCCCCCCCCCCCCCCCCCCCCCCCCCCCCCCCCCCCCCCCCCCCCCCCCCCCCCCCCCCCCCCCCCCCCCCCCCCCCAAACCCCCCCCCCCCCCCCCCCCCCCCCCCCCCCCCCCCCCCCCCAAACCCCCCCCCCCCCCCCCCCCCCCCCCCCCCCCCCCCCCCCCCCCCCCCCCCCCCCCCCCCCCCCCCCCCCCCCCCCCCCCCCACCCCCCCCCCCCCCCCCCC